AUGGAGAAGCAGCCCGGCGGCGAGGACGACUGCGUGGACUCGGGAGCUGAGACGGGCGGGUCUGAAUACAGCCGUAUGUCCUCUACCAGCAGUGAGCUUUCUGUGGAAGGCAUACAAGACCCGUUCCUUGUUAGUGUGCAUAUUAUCACAGACCCAGGUGAAUCCAAGACUCUUCAGCAAGCUAUUGAUAAACUCCUAGCCUGGAUCCAUCCAGACCUCCAGCUAUUUCGAGUCUCAGAAAGACGAAUGCCCAAGAAGCGCCGGAAGCCAGGUAAGGCUGGUGUUUCUCAACCAGCCCUUGCCAUCAUUAUGUUUCUACAGGAGGAAUAUGGAGAAGAACCCAUCUUGCAGCUCCAUGAAACCUUUCAGAGGCCACCUUGGCAUUAUCACCACACAGAGAGAGUGCAUGGGAAGUUCCUCCCUUACAUGCCAUGCAGCCAGGACUUUUACACUUUGGCUCCAGAGACUCCUCUGUGGUCCAUUCGCCCAGUGCACUAUGGGAAAGAAAUUAUCCGCUUCACUAUAUACUGCAGGGGUGAAAACUUUGCUGACAUUUUGAAAUUGUAUGAGUUAAUACUGAAAAGACCAGUAUGUCAGAAAAAAGUGGACUUUUGUGUUUUUCCUGUCUACUCUAACAUGGAAAUAGACAUCCAGUUUUCUUUAAAAAAACUUCCAAAAGGCCAAGUGCCAAUGCCGACAGAGUCAGCAGUGCUGGAGUUCAGAGUAAAAGAUGUGGGACAGCUUGUGCCUCUCCUGCCCAACCCUUGCAGCCCUAUCAGUGAAGGCAGGUGGCAGACAGAAGACCAUGAUGGAAAUAGGAUCCUUCUGCAGCAAACAGGCAGUUGGUGUAGGAAGUCUGCAAAGCAGAACAAGCAACUAUAUCCAUCUGUGUCAACAGAUUCCCACUUCACUACUCUGCCAGCCUUUCUUCCUCAGAGCCACCGAUCUGUCCCUGAACAACCAAAAGAAAUGGGUCAGAACAAGGUACACCACCCUAAUGGCCUCGGUCAUUAUCUUGGUUUCUCCCAGCAGGACUUGAGACACAGUGAUCAAGGAGAUUUUACACACAGAUCCAGCAGUGCCUCCAGCAUUUCAUGGUCAUUUCAACGAAGCAAGUCUCUGUUCUGCUUGCCCACAGUGAACUCCUCCUCAGCUCCAGAGACUUUUAAUUUUGGUGAACAGUUUCAGUUUUUAAAUACUGGGUCACCUGCAACCAGGUUAAAAAUGUGGAGGUGCAGCCCCAGGCUUAAUGUUGAUGAUUUGGAGGGUGCCCAGGAGACUGACGUAGACACAGGGAUGAAGCUCUCUGUCUCAGACCUGUCUGUGGUCUCUGCAUACUCUGCCCUUAAUGGAUUUUGCAAUGACAUGGAAGCUUCUCUUCCCAUAUGGAAACAAACUGUCAGUAAGGUUAAACAGGAGGCCACCAGUGGAAGGCCUCUAUCAGACAUGUGCAAUACCUUUGAGUCAGUUGAUGGUUCACUGCCUUCUCUUUCUGAGUGGUCUUCCAGCUCAUUCAUGUCAGCAUCUCUCUCCAAGCAGCCCAAACAGUCCUCAACAGCAGCUGCUGGUUCUCUGGAUGGUCACGGUAGUGUUUGUCCAGCAUCUCCAGCUAAUGAAGAAGAAUUUUACAUCUGA